CCAGAAUUCUAGAAAUUUAGCUGUUACAUAACCCCUUCACUCUGUCCGUCGUCUGUGUGUUUGAACUUGAAGCUCCAACCAUCGCGGGUCGUUGUUUUGCAGUGCGUGUAGGUUAGUUAAGGAAAUGGAGGACAUAGAGGAUUUGCUAGUUGGGAGCGGAGGUGGAGCUCCUCCGGGUUUUCGUUUGCCCAUAACAGCCGUCGGAUUGAACCCAAAGAAGAACAAGAACAAGAACAAACCCAAUCCCAGUGGAAAUAGCAAUAAGCUAUCUCAAAUCCAAGACCCCCUUGCUCCUCUCUCUCCCAAAAUCCCUGGAACUCAGACUAUAUAUAUCAAGACAUUUGGGUGCUCACACAACCAGAGUGACAGUGAAUAUAUGGCUGGCCAACUUUCAGCUUUCGGUUAUCCAUUAAGUGACAAUCCUGAGGAGGCAGACCUGUGGCUCAUAAAUACAUGCACAGUCAAAUCUCCAAGUCAAUCUGCCAUGGAUACUCUGAUAGCAAAAGGUAAAGGUGCAAAAAAGCCCCUGGUGGUGGCUGGGUGUGUGCCACAAGGAAGUCGAGAUAUAAAGGAGCUAGAAGGUGUCAGCAUUGUAGGAGUCCAGCAAAUUGACCGUGUGGUUGAAAUUGUUGAAGAGACUUUGAAAGGUCAUGAGGUGCGCCUUUUGAGCCGUAAGACAUUGCCAGCGCUUGACCUCCCUAAGGUAAGGAAAAACAAGUUCGUUGAGAUUCUCCCUAUUAACGUUGGCUGUUUAGGUGCUUGCACUUACUGCAAGACUAAGCAUGCUCGUGGUCAUUUAGGGAGUUAUACUGUUGAUGGCCUUGUGGGACGUGUAAAAUCUGUGAUAGCUGACGGAGUCAAAGAAAUAUGGUUGAGCAGUGAAGAUACUGGAGCUUAUGGUCGUGAUAUUGGUGCCAAUCUACCAAUUUUAUUGAAUGCAAUUGUUGCAGAACUCCCUUCGGAUGCAAGCACAAUGCUUCGAAUUGGGAUGACAAAUCCUCCUUUCAUUCUGGAGCACUUGAAAGAAAUAGCAGAAGUUUUGCGACAUCCAUGUGUAUACUCAUUUCUACAUGUACCAGUCCAAUCUGGAAGUGAUGCUGUCUUAACUGCAAUGAAUCGGGAAUAUACUGUAAGCGAGUUCAAGACUGUGGUAGAUAUCCUAACUGAGCUUGUGCCAGGGAUGCAGAUUGCAACUGAUAUAAUAUGUGGAUUUCCUGGUGAAACGGAUGAAGAUUUUACUCAAACUCUUAGCCUUAUUAAGCUGUACAAGUUCCCUCAAGUUCAUAUUUCACAGUUCUAUCCUCGACCAGGAACACCUGCUGCAAGGAUGAAAAAGGUCCCCAGUACUGUAGUGAAGAGAAGGAGUCGUGAUUUGACUUCUGUUUUUGAAGCUUUCACACCGUAUGUUGGGAUGGAGGGCUGGGUGGAAAGAAUAUGGAUAACUGAAGUUGCCACUGAUGGAAUUCACUUGGUUGGCCAUACCAAGGGAUAUGUGCAGGUGCUUGUAGCUGCUCCAGAAAGUAUGUUGGGGACUUCAGCUAUUGUGAAGAUCACAUCUGUUGGAAGGUGGUCAGUUUUCGGAGAAGUGAUUGAGACUAUUCCUCAUAUAAAUGAUACAGUUUCAGGAAAUGAAAGGCCUAAGCAGGAAAAAAAUUUCUCUGGUUUGAACCAUUAUGAGACUAGUGCAUGUUCAACAAAGUCGGAAAAUUGUUGUUGUGGACCAGAAAGCUGUGGAGGACAGUCGGAAAAGUCUGCUGUAAUGAAGAAUGACGUUCAGCUGGAAGAUAGGAACAGCAGAAAUCUGAUUGGAUGGCUACUGAGGAAGCGAAAAAACCAUGUUGAAAAACAUGUUGAGAAACCUGUGGAGAAUGAAAUAGGCUUGGGAUCCCAGAAAAAGCAAGAGCAGACCCAAGGAAGCUUGGGUGAAUGGGGUGUCGUUGAUAGGGCUCUUCUAGGCGGGAUGCUUGUGAGCUUCCUGACAAUUGUAACUCUACUAUUACAUCUUGGAUUUAGGAUUCUGUCAUCUAAUUAGUCUGGUUGUACUAAUCCAUUUUUGUCAAGGAUUUUUCAUAGAAAAAUGUCAUAUGAGCUUGUCUGUCUAUUCAAAAAAUAGAAUAUUUUUGGUAUGUUUGUAAUAUUGAACAUGGUACGGCCGUUGAAAGUUGAAACUUGGAUCUA